AUGUUCACAUUCUCCUUGUUCUUCACUGGGUACAUUGCAGCCAGUCUGGGCCCGUUCCAGUCUGGGGUCACCAACAAACCAGAAUGUGCACAAGCAUGUUUGAACUGUGCAAACUGCUCCUCAUUCUUCUAUGACGUCAUCACUCGCGAGUGCUACCUGGAGAAGUAUGUGUAUGUUGCCAGUCACCAGCUCCAGGGUCGGAGUAGUGUUCAAUACUAUGCUCUGAAGAACAGUGCUUGUCCAGCCACCUACAUCUACAGUCGUUUCACAAACCAGUGUCUCAGGGAGCCUACAUCUUCAAGCAUGCGUUUUCCAGACGCCAAGAAACUGUGUAUGGAGAACUCAGGACAUCUCGCCUUCAUAAGAUCUGAGGAGGACAACAAACAAGCUUCCAUUGUUGCAAAUGGUAAGUGCAACUCAUAA